CAUACCUUUCAACGUGCAGUAUUCAUGUUAUGUAUAGUUUGAAAAGCAUGUGAAGGUAUGUGUGUAAUUACAGCCAUGGUGUUUCUCUUUAUGCAUGUGACAUGCCAGAAUUGAGAAACGUUUUGAUUUCCUCAUAGUCCUGUCAACAACAAGUGCUUGUAAUUCAUGAGGCAUCUUCAUGAGGUCUUUUUGACGUAGUUUUUUUUGGCCUCUGGAGAGUAGAAAUGUCUGAUUUAUGAGCUUCUGUAACGGCUGUACGUCUGUCUUCAGGGUAUGUGGGUUAAGAUCUGGUUUCUUCCUGGCAGCUGAAUGGGUCAACACAUUUCCGUUCUUUGGGCAGACAGGAUUUUAAUGUCCGAGGGAACAUUUCAGACAAAAGUGUCCGACAUAUUAUUUUGCUUCCACAAUUGGACCAGAUUUGGAGUUCAUUUUGGCUUCCAAUUGUUGUUGCAAUUGUUGCUGCUUUUCUGACUUUUUCCUUUGUUGAUUUCUCCAUCUGAGUGUUCGGGCUUGGGCCCAGACAAUUGUGUUACAGUGUACACAAUCACGACUGGCCUAUUUCUUCAUCGGGUUUGGAUUGUUUUCUUCUGGCAUUUUGCUCCUGAAUCAGAAUAGUUAUGGAUUAUAGUUAUUAGUCCGAGCCUAAAUUCCAACUCUGGCUGGUGUGGUAAUUCAUUUUUAACCAGUAUUUGUGAUUGUGGUGUUUCUGGCUGUGUGUGGAUGGGAAUUGGAAGAAAAUGGGGAUAUAGAAUUAUGAAGGUAGACGUUUUCUGUUGAACUAGAUGUCUUGGUUACAUGCACAGUAAUGGAACAUGGACUCUCAGUCAUAAUGGUGUGCAUGUAGUGUCUUUGUUGUGGUCUUCUGGCCAGUCUUAAAACCACCAUAUAUAUUUUUUUCUUUGUUUUCGAGGCUACCUUCACUGAAUAUGACCUAGAAAUUUUCAGACUCAAGCCUUCCUAGAAGUCACAUGAAUGCUGCCAUGUUCUUCUGCCCAUCAAAUCUCCUUCUUCUUGGCCUCCAAGUGGCUGACUCUCUCCAAAGCCUGAGCCAAUGCUUCAUACAAAUGAGUUUCAUUAUCGCAGACUCCCCUGUGGAACACGCGAUGGCCUCGUCCGAUGGGAUUUCUUCCAGGCCUAAAGAUGCUGAACCGACCGCUGGAAAGGAAAUCCAAGUAACAGUGCACAAUGAAGAGAAGGUGGUCUGUGGAGUAACAAAGCACACAACUUGUACUGAUAUGAUUCAAGCACUGCUGGAUGAUCACCGGUCGCUGCCAGAAAGCAAACAGACCCUGUUUGGAGAAGCCAAGGACUUCUGUCUGGUGGAGAGGUGGAAGGGUUUUGAGAGAGCUUUGCCGCCCCUCACUAGGAUACUGAGGCUUUGGUAUGCGUGGGGAGACCAGCGACCUUACAUCCAGUUCAUCCUGUUAGAAACCAGUCAUUUUGUUCCUCAGCCAGCGAUGAAGGCUGCGAAGAUAAGGAGUGUCAAGCCAAAGAGACUAGAACAUAGCCGCGUCAAGAACCCUCAGUCUCUACCUGUAGAGAAGCAGAAGCGCUUGGUGAAGAAAGCUUUCAGGAAGUUAGAGAAAAUCCACAAUGAAAGCAAGGUUUCUCCUGGAGCUGAAGAGAUUGAUCGAAUGGUCCAGCUAAUACUCAACCAGGACCAUGCAAUUCGGGAGCAAAUUCAGCGGAUGAGAGAGCUGGAUUCUGAGAUUGAACAUAUCGAAGCACAAGCACAAGGAGGAGCUGCAGCUGAGAUCCAUCAGUCUGAAGCAUGUGGCCUGGAAGUGCACAACCUGGAGCAGAUGGAAGAGUUUUUGUACACCAGCGAUGGUGUGGAUCAGCUCGACUUGCAGGUCAAGAGGCACCAGGAACUGAUCGACCAGUUGAGUCGGGAUAUUGACACAGAGCUGAGGCGCCAACACGACAUGGAACUGGAAGGAGCAGCGGCUGCCUCCUGGAUCCCCUCGGCCGUGGAUGAGUUGUUCUACGUAGCUGAGCUGGACCGGAUCCAGACAGAACUGAAACGCAGCCUGAUGGACGGCGUGUCACUGCACAGCCAAGCAGCGGACAUUGAUAAACAACUGAAGCACUAUGAGGCCACACUGUCCACAAAAGACCAGGAGUGCUGGCAGUUGGCCGCUCAUCUGAGCUCACUGCAAGUCUCUGACAGGACGGAGGAGACGUCCAGCUCCACCCCCCAGAAAGCUGACACGGCGUGUAGCAUCUCCCAGACAGUGAAACUCAAACACUGUCUGUCGCCUCUAGAUAUUACCGACACGGACUCAGACACGGGGAUUAGCUCCACUCACAGUCAGGACUCGCUGUCACCAUGUCUGGACUUUCCUCCCCCAUUGGACACAGACGUCUGAAAGACAGUUUCUUCUUCAUUGGGGUGCGUCACUGUGUCUUAGAACAUGGUCCCAGCUGAGGUUUCAAUCACUACAAUGUUGCUUAAGCUGGAAUGAUGACCUGCUAUCAUCACUACUGCCCUGUCACUGCAAACACAAGGCAUGUCCGUAGCUCGAGGGAAACUGAACUGCUGUCCUGUUGUAUUUUAGAAGGUCUUGCUUCCUGAGGCUACGUUCACAUUACAACAUGAGCUAAAGCUGUUCUCUAUAAACCGUCCAGUCCAUAUAUGCAAACAGCAUAUUUAAGUAUACCCACAAAGCUCUACCCACUCAAGUGUACAAGAAUUGUCACUUGUUUAUUUUUAUUUAUUUCUACAUGUCUGAUAUGAAUUGAACGGUAUGCCAGUUAUGUGUCCACGUGCAUGUUGGCACUUCAUACAUUUUUCACCCGAAUCCAACCGAACCGUCUGAUUCUGAAAGUUGAACUAAAUGUGAUGAAAACACAUUUUGAUUUCAACACAAGUAAACACUCGUAGACUUUCUUCAAAAUCAAAUAUUUGGUAACUGUCUCUGAGUGCACCAAAGACUGGGAAAUCUAUCACUGCAUACUCUCAUAUUCAGUUUGUAGACACAAAUAUGCAGCGUGGAUUAAACAUUCAUGAGUGUUUUUUAUCUGAUCCUGUUUCAUUGAAAGAGUCAACCAGAAGUUAAGACAAAUUCACACAGAUUUAAAGCACGAGAAGGUUUAGUCGGCCCAAGAUAGCUGAUAAAUAAUAGAUAUCUGUUUAGUUUUUUACCAAAAUUACAAAUAGUUAAACAUUUAUACAUUUAGAAAAGUGCACUUAUUACCUUUAUUAACAAUGUUUUACAUUAAAACACCUAUGUAAGUGAUUGAAAUAUAAACUUUGAAUUGUGGUAGUGGCAGUUAAAUGUUGAAGAACCUGUAUGAUCUCUACAUGUAUACUUGUAUUUAUUGAUAAUAUUUUGUAAAUAAGAGCCACAUGAUUUGAAUUCCAAACAAUAGGGCUGAAGUAUUUUUAGUUCUCCAGCACUUAACCCUGAAGCCAUUGUAAAGUGAAUGUACAGCUUUCAUAAUAAAGUGAUUAAACCAAAUGUGUGUUUCAAUUUUG